UCGCCCUAACACUGCCAUGUUGGAUGGAGCUGGCUCCUGGCUCUCUGGCAGACGGACUUCCCAGGAAAGUUUUUGCCGUUUUCCGUCUUAGCCCAGCCGCUGCAGUUUUGACUUUAUUUUAAAGAGGAGCGGGACGUCGCAUUGCACUCCUAAACGGCACACAUUUAUUGGCACCACAGUCUUGCGGACCCCCGGGAUAAACAGAACCGGUGCAAGGGGGGUCGAAAGGAGGCCACGGAUGACCGGGGGAUUGUUUAUGUGUCUUUUUGGGUCCCAUAUAACGAGUUAGAGUCAGUGCAUACUUUAUAAAUUUAUCACCAAUAAUGAGUGGACAACCGGCGCAACGGCGGCCAGCAAAUGUUGGCUCGAUGCUACUGACACCGCAGGAAAAUGAAUUCGUUUUCAACCACAUUGGCAGGAAAUGCAUGACAUUGUCUUCAGCAGUGGUCCAGGUGUUCACAGCAGAUAGGAACUCCUGCUGGAACAAGAGAUGCUGCGGGGUGGCCUGCCUGGUCAAAGACAACCCCCAGCGAUCCUACUUCAUCAGAGUCUUAGACAUCAAGGAUGGUAAGACUACGUUUGAACAGGAACUGUACAACAACUUCACCAUCUACCUCCCCAAACCUUACUUCAUCACAUUUGCUGGAGAUACAUGCCAAGUGGGUCUGAACUUUGCCAAUGAGGAGGAGACCAAGCGUUUCCAUCGCCAUGUGGCAGAGCUACUUGGGAGAAGACAGAAAAAAUCUGAGAAGAGACGCGACCCUCCAAAUGGCCCAGCGUUGCCCAUGGCUACUGUCGACAUCAAAAACCCAGAGAUCAGCACUGUUCAGCGUUACCAUAAUAACUCUCAGGUGAACAACAUUGUGCACUCCUCCUUCCCCAAGAGGGAGAAAAAGGCCAAGGGGAAAAAGAAGAGGUUGACCAAGGCGGACAUCGGCACACCGAGCAACUUCCAGCACAUUGGGCAUGUCGGCUGGGAUCCAAAUACAGGCUUUGAUUUGAAUAACUUGGACCCAGAGCUGAAGAACCUGUUUGAUAUGUGCGGCAUCUCUGAGGCUCAGCUGAAGGACAAGGAGACCUCGAAGGUCAUCUACGACUUCAUUGAGAAGAAAGGAGGCGUAGAAGCUGUCAAAAAUGAACUACGGAGACAAGCUCCUCCACCCCCUCCAUCCAGAGGCGGCCCUCCUCCCCCACCCCCACCACAACACCACAGCUCAACCCCUCCUCCGCCUCCUCGUGGACGCGGUGCCCCACCACCUCCUCCCCCCGCCAGGGCUCCCGUCUCCGCGCCUCCUCCUCCUCCAUUCCGACCUGGCAUGUCUGCUCCACCACCUCCUCCCAGCCGAGGUCCCCUUCCGCCUCCCCCUCCACCAGCCCAUGCCUCAGUUCCUGCUGCGCCUCCCCCACCGCCGCCUCCUCCACCCUCAUCCUCAACUCCAUCCAAUACCGGAGCGCCGCCUCCUCCCCCUCCUCCUCCCCCGCCUCCUGGUCCUCCACCCCCUGCUCCUCCGCCGCCCACGGAGACUAACGGAGGGGACGGCAGUCUGUCCUCAUCCGGGGGGAAAUCGGCACUGCUGAGUCAGAUCAGGGAAGGCGCCCAGCUGAAGAAGGUAGAGCAGAAAGAGAGGCCGGUAUCUAACAGCACCGGCAGAGACGCACUUCUGGACCAAAUCCGACAAGGAAUCCAACUUAAACCGAGGGAGGACACUAGCGAUCAAGUCCCUUCCACCCCGGCCUCCUCGGCAGGCAUCGUUGGGGCCCUGAUGGAGGUGAUGCAGAAAAGGAGCAAGGCUAUUCACUCUUCAGAUGAGGAUGAUGACGAUGAAGAAGAUGAGGACUUUGAGGAUGAUGAUGAAUGGGAGGACUAGUGAUAUUUUUUUUUCUCCCCGACCCCUGGAUGAUUCUGACACUAAAAAUAGUUCUUGUCUUUCUAAAAAGAGAUCUUUAAUUUCGAAAUACUACAUGUAAAUGUUAUAUCAAUUUGCUGUAUAUUUUUGUUGCCUUUACGCUUUUUUUAUUAAUCUGUGCAAUACCUCAUUUCAUCUGUAUUGUUUCUCAUUUUCAUAUCUUAGAUUUCUUUAUCUCCGUCAUGUCUGUCUCUGUUGGCUCCAUCUCUGUCACACCUCUCCUUUAAACUAUAUUCUGGCCUUUUCCAUCCCUAUGCAUCCUCCUCCCAUGUCCCCAACUCUUCUACGUUUGUCGCCUCUGUCUGUCACGCCAUCCUUCAUACCGGCUGCCAUCCCACCACACACGUCCCCUCCCUGCCACUCUCCCGUGUCCCCGGUCCCCACAUUAACACGUGCAAUUUUACAUCAGAUUGUCUCUUUAACUUUAGAGUUGAAUGUUUGUUUUUUUGUUUUGUUUUGGUCAGUGAUUGAAGGGGGGGAGGGGCUUACAAAAUAAGUUGCCACAAAUCCUUCAUCAAUCGUGUCAUUGUUUGUCAGGAGGAAAAAAAAAAUUGAACUAUUUUCAUACCCUAUUGCUCUCUAGUUUAUUUUUACUUAUUCAAAUGAUCCUAGUUAACACUCAUAUUUUCUUAAGACAAAGAAUAAAAAAAGGAAAAUGCUCUUUUUGGAAUAUUUAGCUUCAUUUUGCUGUCGACUGUAAAUUUGCUCCAGAGUUUGAGUCUUGUUAUAUUUUUGCACAGAUUGAAAGAAGAGACUCGCUGCAUGCAUAUAGGCCAUUUGCAGGUCUGUAUCAUUAUGGAACAUAAAUCUGCUUUAAGUAAUGAGGCAAAAUACACUACAUACAGUACACGCAUGGAGGUAGCCCACAGCGUUACGGCUGGCUAUCUGUUGUGAAUUUUAGUUCUCUUUUUUUUGUCACUGUCACACUAGAGAUUCAGUUGAAAUCAUGCUUUUAAAAAAAACUUUUUUCUUUUUUAACCGUAGAAAGCAGAGUAUUAAUUAAUGCCUGUUUGUCAUAAUCAGGUCAUUCAUCAUGUAAAGCUUGAGAAACAAAGACAUUUUAGUUUUACACCUGAUGCUCAUAAUGGGUCCAUAUGCUAAGUUACUGUACAGAACCAGUGAGGUUAAGGAGUGUUCUCCUGAACUGAAGUGCUGACACAGUAUAGGGAGAAACACUAGAUUCAUGGCAUUAUUCAAACAAGUAUCAACAUUUUUUUUUGACUAACUAGUAAAUCAUGACAUGUAAUAUAGGAAUUGCUUAUUAAAAAGAACUCUGACUGGUCAAUUUUUCCCUUUAAAGACCUAAUAGUCAGAUGUCGACAAACUAAACAAUAGCUCCGAAUAAUUCUUCCUCUGUGAUUAUUCAAAUGUCACAAAGGACAGUUCUUGAUGUAGCUACACCAACAUGGCCUAUUGUGGAGAAUCUAUACUUGAUACCAUGCAUAUAUUUAAACUUAUUUCCCCAAAGCAUAUUAGCAUUAAAAUAACACUAUGGCAAGUCAAGAUGCUAAAUGUGACAUUUAUUAAAAAUGUUCUCCUUCAAAUAAAGAACAACUUGUAACAUUACCAUCAUUGGCAAGCUAAUUAGCAUAGCAUAGCACAAGAAUUUAGCAUUCCACAAUAAGGGUCGCCAGUUUUGCUCAUGCUAACAAUUAGAGUUCUAAUAUUGCUAACAUGGUGUGGGUGAUAGGGAAGCUGAAACAGAAACAUCACAAAUAUCCAGCAAAAGAAUAACACAAUGACUUGUUUUUUUUUUUUUUGUCCACUGUUGGCCAGAUUGAAAAAGAGGGAUGUUGGUAUCCUUUAAAUUCUACCCCUUGUUUGAUUUUAGAACUGACCUCUUUUGUUGAAUAUCAAGAUACUUUUUGGGAAAAACCUUGCCAUGUUUUCGCUGAUGUUAGCUAUCUGUAGGUAACUCGGUAAAUAAGACGUUAUGGACGCCAAGCCUUAUCAGUGAGGCUUGACAAAAAAUGAACUCUUACAUUGUACACUCCAAUAAAAGGUUGAUAUUUAGA